GAAAUUGCCGUGUUUCUUCCGGGUAACAAGCUCAUCAUUACUGACUAAACUUCUCCUUUCAAGAUGGCAGCAGCUAUGGACGUAGAUACGCCGAGCGGCACAAACAGUGGGGCCAGCAAGAAACGAUUUGAAGUGAAGAAGUGGAAUGCCGUGGCGCUGUGGGCCUGGGACAUUGUGGUGGAUAACUGUGCCAUCUGUCGGAACCACAUCAUGGAUCUCUGUAUAGAGUGCCAGGCCAAUCAAGCUUCUGCAACCUCUGAGGAAUGCACUGUAGCCUGGGGUGUCUGCAAUCAUGCCUUCCAUUUCCACUGUAUCUCUCGCUGGCUGAAGACCAGACAGGUGUGUCCUCUGGACAACAGGGAGUGGGAGUUUCAGAAAUACGGACACUAGCUGUAUUGUUGACCUUUUUCUUGGCUACUACAAGAGUCACCCUUACUGCUUCUGUUCCCUCCCUCCUGUAAUCCCAUUUCUUAUUUUACACCCGUGUCUUUGUUUUGGUAUGUUGUAAGUAUACAAAUAAAAAUGAAUGUUGUCACAAAA